AAUGUGUAGAUUUGUGUGCAGGUUCAUUUGUUUGUGCGUGUGCUCUUUGCGCAUGCGCUGUGUUUUGCAUUAGUUUGCUGAAGUCCCAUAGAGAGCCUCUCUGAUGCACGAGCGUCAGCCUCCCGUGCCGAAAGUUUAAACGCUCGCUUUUCGUAACAAUUUUAUCGAGAUUAGAGGAAAACAGCAAUACACCUGGCAAAGUUUCUGAAGUUGUCUUUGGAAAUUAGUCGUGAUGUGGAAUAGCGCGGAGGAAGUUUAUUUUCUGACUUGGGAAUAAUUCUCCGUAGUGUUUUUCCGUCAUCAACUGCUUACUCCAGCUGAUAGCUGAAGUGAUACAGGUAUGUGAAUCUGUAUGAACGCCCAUCAUGCGACUGAAGAACCUUCCUCUGUUGGAAGUCAUUGUUGCAGUUCUGUGCCUAUUCAAUGACACAAGUGCAGCUGAAGAACAUGUUCGUGCCAAAAAAGACAGUAGUGCAGUGUUGCCCUGCAGUUUACCAGCCCCGCAAAAGGACAGCUCAGCUUCUCAAUAUGUCAUAGAGUGGGUUCGCCAGGGCUUUGAUACCCCCAUCUUCAUGCAGCUCGGAGUUCAUCCUCGAGUACAUCCUGACUAUGAUGGUCGAGUGUCUCUCUUCGGGGGCACGUCUCUGCAGAUGAGUGGUCUUCAGCUAGAGGAUGAAGGCUGGUAUGAGUGUCGAAUCCUUCCUCUGGAUCAAACUACAGAAGAAGCUGGAAGCAGCGGCAGCUGGACUCGACUGUCCGUCACAGCUCCUCCAGUGCUGACAGAAACCUCUCCUCCUGAGGUGGAAGUGUUUGUUGGUAGAUCAUUAACCCUGAAGUGUGCAGCGCAGGGAAAUCCGCGGCCUACAAUCACCUGGUCCAAAGACGGAGCACCAAUAAAACCUCAACACAAAGUAAAGAUGGUCAAUGGAAGUGUGUCUUUCCAUGCGGUGAGCAGAGAAGCAGCAGGCCAGUAUCAGUGUUACACUUCCAACUCUGAAGGAAAUGCCACUCAUGUCACACGACUCAAAAUCAUCGGUCCACCAGUGAUCAUAAUUCCUCCAUCGGACACUGUCCUCAACAUGUCCCAGGAUGCCAAGCUGAAGUGCCAGGCUGAAGCAGAUCCACCAAACAUGACCUACGUAUGGCAAAGACAAGGAGUAGAUAUUUAUCACAUCGAUUCUCUAAAGUCACGUAUUAAGGUCAUCGUGGAUGGUACACUUCUCAUAUCCCGUUUGGCCCCAGAGGAUUCUGGGAACUACACCUGCAUGCCCACUAAUGGACUUCCAGUCUCCCCUUCUGCCUCUGCAGUACUCACUGUGCAGCACCCGGCACAGGUGAUUCAGAUGCCCAAACUGACCUUCCUCCCCACUGGCAUGAGGGGUGCGAUUGUGUGCCCUGUCCGAGCUGAACCUCCAUUAUCACACAUCGACUGGAUCAAAGACGGCAAACCACUUGAUUUAGGCAUGUAUCCUGGAUGGACGCUGGCUUCAGACGGCUCCAUUGUCAUUGCGACAGUCAAUGAUGAUGCUGCUGGUGUUUACAUAUGCACUCCAUACAAUAGCUUUGGGACAACGGGACAGUCUGAGCCCACCACUGUUAUACUGCAGGAUCCUCCAUCAUUCAAAGUGUCACCUCGUAAUGAGUACAGACAGGAUGUGGGGACGAUGCUUGUUAUUCCCUGUCAGAUGGUCGGUAACCCAGCUCCAAAAGUCAACUGGAGGAAGAUUGGUGCAGCCACUCGUUCGCUGUUCACUCUGGCAGGGAAUGGCUCUCUCAUUCUUCAUCCUCUCAGUAAAGACCACCAGGGGGAGUGGGAGUGCAGCUCCAGCAAUCGAGUGGCCACUGUUUCCAUCAAAACAAUGGUUCUUGUGCUUGGUACAAGUCCUCAUGCAGUGUCGUCAGUAUCUGUGAUCCCGGGAACAAACCAGGCCAAUGUUUCCUGGGUGGCUGGCUUUGAUGGAGGAUAUACGCAGACAUUCACUGUCUGGUAUAAACAGGUGUCAGCUGGAAGGACUGAAGAAAAGCAAGAGUGGUUGUCUUUCUCAGACCUCUCUACUGAGAACAGUCUGUUGGUCACCAAUCUGCUGCCUGCCACUGAGUACCAGUUCAGUGUCAUGGCCCAAAAUAAAAUUGGCACUGGGCCCUUCAGUGAGAUCAUCACCGUCACAACUCUGGAUGCACUUCCUGUUGUGGCCAAGCUGGAACCUCCUACAAAUCUCUCAGUCAAUAAGAGUUCAGAGGGAUUUCUUCUGUUGUGGUCUGCGCCUCAUUCAAAAUCUCCACCUAUUGACAGCUUUGUCGUACAGUCACGCCUCGAAGGAGGAGAGUGGGAUAAUCUGAAAGAAGACAUUAGCCCAGCUGAAAGUAAAAUCUUUCUUCCAGGGUUAUGUAAGGACUGCAAGUAUGAGCUGAGGCUUCUCUCGCAGCAUGGAGAUCAGCUGAGCAUGCCCAGUCCAUCAAUCAGUGUCUCCACCUUUGGAAUGAAUAUGCGCCCAGCCAGUUCUCGCCUCCUAGACUUUCCCAACCAUAUAAUGGCUGGUGUUAUGGGUGGAGUGGGACUCCUUUGCCUCGUUCUUGUCCUGACCUUGGCGAUAGCUUGUUUCAUUUCUUACAAAAGAAGCAGAAGGCGCAGGCAGAAUAUUAAGGAUCUCCCUCCUGCAAUGGAUAAAAAUGCAUCUGUGAACAUCCCUGAUGACACCCUGAAGCAAAGGCUUCUACCAGCUCAUCCACUCUCCACCUCUUCCUCCGCGUCCAAUCAUUCCUCCCUAGACAAGUUUAGCCACAGUGAUUUUCACGACCUACGCCAGCAUCAUCUGCCUCAAGCUAACCCUCCAUCCCACCAUUCCCUUCCUGAGAGUCAUCUCCAAUUGUCAUCACUUGCUCCUGUGUCCUCUGUGGAGUUUAUCCACCGAGGGCCUGAUGGGCGCUUUGUUGUCCAUCCUGGUGAAGGUGACAGUAAUUUCAGUUCUCAAAUUAAAAGAAACCCAAAUCAGAAUUCCCAUCAGGCAUCAGAUGGAAGCAGGAGCUUCAGAAUACAGAAAUCCCAGUCUUUGAGAUCCUACAUGGAUGAACAGAGAAGGCCACCAUUUGUACUUUCGGUGGACCUUCCACCUUUCGGAUCAAAUAUUCCUUCUUCCAGCAGAACGCGAGCUGUGGUUAAGCACCUCUCUUUGAAUGGCCAUUACAUGCCCAUUCUGGAGAAAGAGAUUAUGGAUGUACCAGACCAGACAAGUCUCUCGUCAGAUUGCAGUGACUCCUAUCUCUAUGCCCAUUCAGAAAGUACUCUAGGUCAGAAGUCCCCAAAAAGAGAUACCAACCACUCUACAGCCAGUACUCUGGUUUUGCAGAUGGAACAUGAAAGGGAACAAGGAAACCUAAGCCGAUGCUUGACUUUGGCCCGUGAGAGAGAGGAGCUUGAAAGGGAAUUGCGCAAAUACACUGUUGAUCUAAAUUCAUCUAGCCAUGAACAAACAGAUGAUGAGUAUGGAAAUCUUUGGAAAACUCAAGAAGCUUCAACACCUCAGGUUAAGUACCAAACCAUGAGACAAAGCAUUUUAUCUGAGAACACCGGCAUGUUCAAAAGAAGAGCUGCCUCUUGCAUUCCUUGGGAAGAAAGACACAAGAUUUCUUCUGCAAACUUAUUGCCUCUACAUAAAUCUUAUGAAAAGGAUAUCAAAUAUAGGCAGAAUCAAGGUUAUAAUUCUGUCCAGAGGUCUAGAUACCAACGGUCUCGAAGUUUAGACAGAGAGGAACAUCGAAAAUCACAUACAUGGGACCAAAGACGAAGCAAGACACCUGUUGAAUCAAGUCGGUAUUGUGUAAUAGAUGAGUUAAUCUACAAAUUGGAAAAUCCUCAAACUUGUGAAGGGCCUAGAGCCCGCAUGACCUCCAGCAGAAGUCAGCAUUAUUUUGACCCAUGCAUUUAUCCAUCUCCAGGUGAUCAGCAGUGGCGUACUGUACAAAGAAGCAAUAGAGAAAUUCAUCCAGUUGGUGAUUAUUCAGAGAUGAGUGUGGACGGACCUGAUUUUGAGAGCCAGCAUGCAAAUUCAAGGUCCACGGUCAGGUCGGAACACAGUUAUGAAACUCUAGACUACGACAGACCCAGGUUAUCAGAGCUCGAAAUGGACAGAUUGGUAAAGCCAGGACAUGUCAGUUCAAGAAAGGAUAAGAAGCUGAACAACUGGUCAAGCAAAACUGAGUCUCCAAUGAAUGUUUCUGAAAGAAUGCCUCAGAGGACAAAUAGCAUAGGGUCAAAGAUUCGGGAUCAACACCAGAGCACCCACAGUUUGGACUCCAAAUUAUACAAGGAUCAGUUUUUGACCCCUGAUGCCUGGAUAGACUCAUUAACACUUCCUCAAGAUUGUACUAUGUCCCCCUUGGUAUCCAGACCCAACUCUGUUGCAAAUAAGCCAAAAAGCAGUCCCAACUUGCAAGACCAUUCAUUUGUGCCUUCCGGAUCUCAAUCACACGUUCCUCAACGUCGGGCCUCUAAAUCUCCCAAUGGCUUUACUAAUGAUCAACAUUCCCAAAGAAACCUAAUGUCCGAACGUAAUGCCCAUACCGCCUUACCACCAGGAGGUUCUAGCUUGCCCCGGGCUUAUUAUCCCUCCCUGUCAACCUUGCCCUCUGAAAGACGUAACCAAAGCCACCAGGCAGGCAGAGAAGAGGAAGACAUGGAUGGGCAGGACAUGGAUGUAGAAAUUAACAUAUAUAGGAAGGGUUCUGAGACAGAAGGAAGCUACAGAAGUUAUGGAAGUCAAAGCAGUGGCAGAGGAAGCAUGGAUGCUCCUAAUAGCAGGCAGUUCUCUCUCAGCCCCCCACUCACCAGCUCACCAGAGACAACAGAGGACAGUGACAGAGAUGAAGCAGCUCUAUUAGAUCCUGAACAAAAUGGAAGAAGAGACUCUGUGGAUGAGAGUUAUGAAUGGGAACCAGCUUAUGUCCCAAUGCGUCCUGUAGUGUCAAUGAAUAAGACAGGUCUACAAAAAGAAUUUAAAGGAAGCCAAAGGAAGCAGAGCAGCAUUACUAAAGAUGAUGACAGUUCAAAUUUAGACCAAAAACAACAAGGUCUUUACCCUGCAGCUGGUUUAAAGGGAUCUGUUCCAUUAUUUGAGGUUCCCUGUGUCCCUCCUUCUCAGUGUCAGCAAGAAUCACUUCUUACUCGUGAUAUUCAGAAGAGCUUCACCUCAUUCUCAGACCCAGAGCCCGAUACUGUGCUUUUCUGAUUACUGACAGUAGGUACACCAUUCACGCUGAUUAGCCUGCACUGUUUUCAUUUUACCUCUUUCACCCUUAAGUAGUUGAAAAUGUUUUAAAACACUCAAGAUGAUUAGAUUUGUUUGUGGCAAAAUGUUCACACAUUCUCCAAUCUAGUCUAAACACAGCAUGGUUCUCAGCACACAUCUGAAUGGUCAAGAUGAGAUGGGACUCUGUCACUAUUCAUUUGAUGUCCCUGGACCACUCAAGCAAGCUGGAUUCUAAGAACACAGACUCCUCUGCCCAACUAAUGAAAAUGACAUUAUCUGAUGGAUGGGGAAAACUACAGUGAAGUCUAAAGAGCUUACACUAUGUGCUGGAGUUGCAAAUAAAAGGGUGGAAUAAAUAAUACAAGACAUUGCUCUCUGCACCCCGCUGUUGCUGAUGAAACUGAAUGUGAAAUAAAAAUGUUAAAGCUGUCUCAUUGAGGCACUUUCAGCGUUGAUUUUUGCAAUGGCGUUCAAUUGUAAUGCUUAUUGUGACAGUAAGUGCACAUUAUAAUUUAGAAACACAUGAAGGCUCUUUUAUAGGUGGUAAUAAGAAUAUUUUAUUUUGCGAAACUGGAAUAUAUAAUUUGUUGCCACCUUGUCAAGCAAAUCGCAGAUGUAUUUAAAUGCCUCCGGGAAUCUUGUCAAACAUUUCACUGGAAAUUUGUGAUUGAAGUAGUGAUUGGCAGCAACUUCAAUUCUCUUGACAAUCAUUGGUUCCUCCCACCCACUCCUACCUCAUACAUGCUACAAUCCCAAUGAAAUGCUUCAUAUAAAUUCUACAUUAUCAUUUAAAUGGAGAAAAACAAACCAUAUGAAGUUUUCUGGUGUGUUCACACUUGGCAGUUUUGGUUUGGUUAGUGUACAAAGUAAGUGUACAUUGUUUAAAUUGGUGUGUAUGUACUUGCAGCCCACUUCCAAAUGAACUCUGCUAAAAUUCUACUUAAAAAUGAAUGUCCAUGGACCAAAGGCAUCUAAAUGCACCAAUAAUAGGACAUGGGAUGACCACAGAUAUGACAGAAUGCUCAAGCACACCUGUUUCUUUUUUCUUUUAUAGAUACGAUGUGGCUCAUUAAAGUUCAAUAAAGUUGUCCAAGGCUACGUUUACACUGCAGGCAAAUGUGAACCGAAUCAGAUUUUCCCCCCUCAUGUGACUCAACAGCCCAAACUGCAUGGAAUCUGAUAAUUUCAGGUCAGAUCUGUGCCACUUUCAUAUGUAGUCUUAAAUCAGACACAGAUCUGAUGUUUUGCAAUGCGAGCGCAGUGUGAACUGUUAUGUCAGAUUUCAUGUGACUUUUACAUAAUCUUCGAGCGACUUGCGUCAUCAUUCUGUGCUGUAAACAUCAUCUACUGUACCCCUCAGCAGCACAUUAGAAUAGCACACAGGGCGAUUACCACAGAGAGUUGGUUGUUCAUGUUGAAAAAGAUUUUGAAGGCAUAACUGGUGCUUGUUAACUAAUCUGGUUAACGAUUGAGGGACGGGUUGAUUGCGAAGCCGAAAACGUUGUGGGUGUUGCAGAUAGGGGAUCCACGUGCAAAGGAGGGGGAACUUUCUCUCCGAGAGAAAAAAAGGGAAGGUGCUCGAGCACCCAAACCCCCCUUCUGCACGUGUCUGCUGUUUAUAACGAAGUAAAAUGAAAUAACUCUGCCAACGGAAUUAAGCCAACUCCGCCUUGAUGAGUUUACUACACCGCUGGUUGGAGAGAUGCGCACCGCGGUUGUCAUAAUUCACAAAUGAUCAGUGUUUUUAUCACAGGAGACUUAUUUUAGGACUUAAAUGCUGAAAUGCACACUAGUUGUAGAAGAACAACCCUUUACAGUUCAUAAAAUGUAUCACGGUUGUCGGUGAAAAGGGCAAUAAUCAUAUAAGCAUUAUUAGACAACGUCAGACUUUUGCGCAUGCGAGUCAGUUUAGGACCAUGAUCUGUUCACACUGCAAAUCAGAUAUGUAUAAGAGCAGUGUGAACAGCCAUGCAAAAAAAUCAGAUCUGAGAAAAAAUCUAAUUUGAGCACUAAGCCUCGCAGUGCGAACGUAGCCCAAACGUAUCUCCUUGUAUUUCUUUUACACAUUUUAUAAGCUCUUUAUAGAAACUGAUUAAAAAAUCAUCACAUGUAUGUACGAUACAUAAAGUGAGCAUGUUUUGCCCAUCGCACAGUUUUGGAUUACCUGUAAGUUCUGGUUCAGAAUAAAUUUUGUAAAAGCCAUUUUUUUAUUUAUUUAUUUUUUUGGAUGGACAAAUUGAAAAAUGUUAACGUGAACCAGGAACAAACAAUAAAAAGCUGUAAUAAAAAGAAUUAACAAAUUUUGUUUUGUUUUUUAAUAACAAAACAUAAAAACAAAAUCAAAAACUAAUGCCAAACGUUGACUAUAUAUAUAUAUAUAUAUAUAUAUAUAUAUAUAUAUAUAUAUAUAUAUAUGUGAUCUGGGCAAAAAGAAGCUAGAGAACCAAACUACAAAUGUAAACACACUAUCAACCCUUUUUAAGAAUAAAACCGUUAGUGGAUAGUUUUAAUAUUGAAGCUUCCUUCCUAUUUUUUCAAUUUUUAAUGGUGUCUAGGCUUUUUGUUGUAGAGGUUUGUAAAGUGGCUCAGCAAUUCUCUUCCAAACGAGCUUGUUUUUUUAUAUAAUGAGCUGUGGUGUCUGACUAUGAAGUUUUAACCAUUUAAUGAGAAAUAACUUGUUAAAUUGGUUGAUUAUGUGCAUGUAUGUCCUUUUUUUGAGGAUCUAAUAAAUGGAUACUAUUUCAAAGUGCAACUGGAAGGGAACAAUUAAGUUCAACGCAAGUCACAGGAGUUAAUUACUUAUCGCAGUGCCCUGUGCUCUGGCUCUCUGCCGAGUCUGACAAUACAAAGUUAUGUUAACUAACAAAGCUCAACUGUUUACAGUUCAACCAAACAUUUCAUAGUUCAAAUGUGUAUAUUAUUUAAAAAAUAAAAUGCAAUUAUGAACUUUAUAUGCAUUUUCUUAAAUAUUAUUAUUCAUUCAGAAUACAAUAUUCCACUAUGCUACAGAAUUCUGACAGUUCAGCAGCUUCUGCCACUGGGGAAUUCAGUGAAUGCAGUAUCUUUGCAAAAGUGUCUAUAUGUAAUUAAUUGUUUUCUUCCAGCUUUUUAAUCAAAGUCUUUUCAGAUUGUACAAAUAAAGUCCCCCUUUUUAGUAGAAAAUAUUUUUUUCUAUUGUUUGCAAACCAAUGAUUGUUUUUAGUUUAGUUUUUUUGGAAACAAUUUUUACUUGCAUUUGUUACUUCAGGUUAUGCGUUUUGUUUAUUGUAUGUGCAUAUAUAUUGAAUAAAUACUUAAACUCUU